CAAAACACACGAAUAAAAUUGCUGUUCCCUUCCAUGCAUGUAGACUUCUCAUUCAAAACAAUCACUUUUUACGGUAUUAUUACAUUGGUUUGCAAUAAAAUUUGAUACAUUUUUCACGGUUUACUGUGAUCACGAGAAAAUUCAAUACUUCUUGAUGGUGUUGUUAUCAAAAAAAUUGGAUUCAAGAUUAUAUCUUCGUCAAAUCAAGUGUAUUUAGAAUUAAACAAUAAGGGAGACUUUCAAAGGGGAAGAUGAGUUUAUUACGUUUAUCAUUGCUGCCGUGUAGACGGUUUAUGCCCAACAUUCAAUCGAGUUCUCAGUUGAGAUUUUUCGCAAGUGUGAACAGUGGUAGAAAAAGCGGGAAAAACAAUGGACUGCUAUCAAGUAAGCCAGACAUCACAAAUAAUGUUGAAGUACAACCAAAACAGACUAUACCAUCAAUGGUAAUAGGUCGACAAUUCCAGUCAUCAAGCAAGCAGAAUGCUUCGCAGCCUCCGUCAUCACCAUCCUCAUCAUCAGCGAACCAAUAUCUUUGGAUUGGUGCCGCGGCCGCAAUUAUGAUUGGUGGCGGAGCAUACAUUUUGAAUAAUUCCAAGGAAGAGAAAACAGAUAAACCUCAAGAGACCCUACAAAAGUCAUCUCCUCCCAAAAAACCAAAAGUUCCAUUGACCGCCGCCGAAAUUCCGAAAGAUGUUCCAUAUUUGUUGAUCGGUGGUGGCACAGCCAGUUUUGCAGCGUUUCGGGCAAUUAAGAGCAUGGAUCCAAAGGCAAAAAUUAUAGUAUUGUCGGAUGAAAUUGAAACACCUUAUAUGCGACCACCACUUUCGAAAGAGCUAUGGUUAGCUGAUGAAGCUUUGAAUGGCAUGAAAGAUGGAAAAUCUGGCAAAACAAAACCAAACAACGGCAAUCAAGGUGAUACAGAACCAUUGAAAUUCAAGCAAUGGAAUGGAAUCGAGCGAAGUCUCUAUUAUGAGCCAAAUGAUUUUUAUACACAUCCAACAAAGUUAAUGGAAUUAGACAAUGGUGGUGUUGCCAUUGUACGUGGUUAUACAGUUAAAAAGAUUGAUGUUGAAAAUCGCAUUGCUAUACUGACCGAUGGCACCGAAAUUAAAUAUGGCAAGUGCUUGAUUGCAACUGGUUCAUCACCCAAGAAUUUGCCCGUUUUCGAAAGUGCUCCAUCAAAAAUAAAAGAACGCAUUUCUCUCUUUAAAACCAUCGAAGACUAUGGUAGCCUGAAGAAAUAUGUUGAUCAAUCAAAAUCAGUGGCAAUUAUUGGUGGUGGUUUUCUUGGCAGUGAAUUGGCUUGUGCAUUGGCCAAAUACGGUGAAAAUAAAAAUCUGAAAGUGCAUCAAGUGUUCCAUGAAAAAGGUAACAUGGGCAAAGUUUUGCCGGAAUUUUUAAGUGAAUGGACAACGGAACGUGUACGUGAAGAAGGUGUUGAUGUCAUUCCAAACACUGAAGUUGAAAAGGUUGAUCUGGUAAACAACGAAGUGAAAUUGACUCUCAAAAAUGGGCAAACGAUUGCUUGUGAUCAUGUUGUGGUUGCUGUAGGAUCUGAGCCAAAUACAACUCUAGGCGAAGAAUCUGGUUUGGAAAUUGAGACUACACAUGGCGGUUAUUUGGUGAAUGCCGAACUCGCAGCUAGAAAUAAUCUUUAUGUGGCCGGUGAUGCUGCCUGCUUCUAUGAUCAACGACUUGGUCGUCGAAGAGUUGAACAUCAUGAUCAUGCCGUAGUGAGUGGUCGAUUGGCUGGAGAAAAUAUGGCCGGAGAACAUAAACCAUACAAACAUCAGAGUAUGUUUUGGUCCGAUCUGGGACCUCAAGUCGGUUAUGAGGCACUUGGAAUUAUUGAUUCAACACUACCCACAGUUAGUGUUUUUGUGAAAAAAUCACCCGAAACAUCAGCAGGAAAUGCCGAAGAUUCAAAAUCAACCGUGACACCAUCAGUUCAGGCUGCCGACUCAGCCAACAAUAGUAAAGAUGACUUUUCAAAAGGAGUUGUAUUUUAUAUGAGAGAUGAAAAAAUCGUUGGAAUCGUACUAUGGAAUGUAUUUAAUCGCAUUAACACAGCACGAGCUGUGCUCAGUCAAGAUAAAAAAUAUGAGGACCUUAAUGAAGUGGCUAAACUCUUUGAUAUUCACGUGUAGCAUGAGGAACGUGUGAACUAAAGAUCCGCACAAAAUCACCAUUAGCAUGACAGUAUGCUUUUGAUUAUUAAUUAAACAUUUAAAUCGUAAAACGGUUUAUAGAGUAUUCGACCAGAUUGUAAACCAUUUUUUGUUUUCUAUAACAUUCAGAUAUGUAACAUAAUGACAGUCAUUUGGUAUUGUGUAUUUGUAUAAUAUAACAUUUACGGACAUUUACAAAAAACAAAUACCCUUUACCGAAUAAAUACACGAGAAUAAAUAAACGAAAAAAAAGAAACAAACAAAA